GGUGUCGCGCGGCCGCAGACCCGGAAGUGAGAGCGGAGCCGGUGAUGUCGCUCCUGGGGGCAGUGCUGGUGCUGGUGGUCGCGGUGAGCGGGGCCCGGGGGUCCCUGAAAAAUGUCACCGGGGAGAUCCUGGGACCGGGCUCGGCCGGUAAAAUGGCGGCUUUCGGGGACUUCAACUCCGACAAACUGACCGACAUCUUCAUCGUCAGCCUGGGAAAUGAGUUGAAGAUAUUUUUGGCAGACCUAAAGGCCACCCCUUACUUUAGCCCUAAAGUACGUCUUCCCUUGGGGGAUGAUGUGGUGAUAACCAGCGUUGUCCCAGGGGAUUACAAUGGCGACUCUCAGAUGGACGUGCUUCUGACCACCGUCCCUAAGGGUCAUGCCGGCACAGAGUCCCCGCUGUCAGCCGUUAUUUACUGGGCAAAAAACCAAACCCUGGAUAUUAAUUACAAGACGUCAUUAAAUGUAACUUAUUCAGAUGAACCACUAAUUAUGGACUUUAACGGAGACCUGAUUCCUGAUAUAUUUGGUGUCCCCAGCGGAAGCACUGUACCCCUUAUAAUCUAUGGCGGGGAUUUAUCCACGAGAGCCACACUGAACACUACAAACAAGAUGGCUAAACCUCACUCCCAUGCGUUUAUUGAUCUGAGUGGGGAUUUCACUGCUGAUUUAUUUCUUACGACCGUGUCUACUUCUGGCGGCGUUCAGUUUGAAACGUGGAUAAACGAGGGAGGUAACUUCACAGAACCAUCUUACACCAUCCCACAGCCAAAAGAUGCGAAGAUUAUUGGGCAGUCAGCCUUUGCCGAUUUUGAUGGCGAUGGCUUUCAGGAUCUUUUAUUACCGGCCUGUGAGGAUGAAAAAUGCGAAAAGAGUGUCAUCUAUCUCUGGAAGAGAGACUCAAAGCAGUGGGUGCCCGUGCUGCAGAAUUUUAAGAACCAGAAUACUGUCUGGGGCUUCAUCCCCCUCUCGUCUUCCUCUGCUAUGCCAAUUACUCUUCGCUUUGGGGAUUACAACAUGGACGGUUUUCCAGACGCUCUCGCCAUAUUACGGGAUACAUCAGGGAGCAAUCAGCAAGCGUUCUUAUUGGAGAACGUCCCCUGUAAAAAUACAACUUGCUCCAGAGUCUUCGACGUCCACUGGGAGAUUUCCGAUUUAAAUCAAAUCAAGGACGCUCUGGCAGCUGCUUUCUUUGACAUUUAUGAAGAUGGAAUUCUGGAUAUCCUCGUCCUGGGAAAAGGACUUUCUGAAGGAAAUAAUGCUGUGCAUGUCUUAAUAAAUAACUUCGAGGCGGAUGCCUAUUUUGUUAAAGUGAUCGUGCUCAGUGGAUUCUGCUCCAGUGACUGUCCGCAUCAAGUGAAGCCAUUUGGUGUCAAUCAGCCUGGGCCUUACAUCAUGUACACAACUGUGGAUGCAAAUGGAUAUUUUAAGAAUGCAUCAGCUGGCCAGCUCAGUCAGUCUGCGCACUUGGCUCUUCAACUGCCGUACAACGUUCUGGGAUUAGGACGAAGCGCCAACUUCCUGGACCAUCUUUCCGUGGGGAUCCCCCGGCCGCCUGGAGAGAAGGAAAUCCGUAAACAAGAAUGGACUGCCAUAAUCCCCAAUUCACAGCUCAUUGUAAUCCCAUACCCACACCAGACCCCACGAAGCUGGAGCACCAAGCUUUACCUGACCCCGAGUAACAUAGUGUUACUGACCGCCAUCGCCCUGAUCGGAGUGUGCGUGUUCAUCCUGGCCAUUAUUGGCAUCUUGCACUGGCAGGAGAAGAAAGCAGAUGAUCGCGAGAAGCGCCAGGAAGCUCACCGCUUCCACUUCGAUGCGAUGUGAAAUGACUCCGUGACCCUUUUGCUAUCCCAGGCUGCUCUGGCAGCAGCAGGAGGGUUCAACGAUGGCGUUUGUGCUGGGGCCAGCUGCAAAAAUAUCCUGGACGUCCAGGAGAAGGCGGGCCACCGCGUCCUGGGGAGAGUAGUCUGUGUAUAUUUUGCAUUAUGUAUUAAUUUAUUGGUGGGGAUUAAAAACACAAAAAAAUAAACAGAUUCUGAAUGUUUCCUGUGCUUAACGACACACAGAGAGUAGGGGAUCCAUAAUGUUCUUAUUUAACGGUCUCAGUAAUCAUGUUGUACAGAAUCUGCCUUUUGGAUCCACGUUACUAGUACAUUGCCAAAUGCUGUUAUGUAUGUCAAUGCUUUACAUGUUUGUCCCGACAACAAGGGAAAUGCGUUUUAUAAAUCUGAACUCAUUGUAUUAAUAUAUCCAGGUGGAAUCUCGUGCAAACCAAGAAUUGUGGUGUUUUAUUAUCAAUGUAUGUGAUCAAUGAAAGACUGUGAAUAUACAUAGAAAUAGAGAGAUAUUGGUUUUGUGUCAUUUCCGGUCAUUUAACCCUCACCAAUCACUGAUCUGUCUGUUUACCCAAGUGGCUUAUUCAUUAAACUGUUAGCAAUCACAUUUUAAAUUAAUAAAAAAUCCCAAACUGUUAUUUUAUCCAAGCGAUUAUCAAGUAAGUCCCACUUUACUGAACGGACCCUGUAACGUGCUGCUCAGCAGCUGGACCCCCAUUGGACACACGCAAUUUCCAGAUGUUCCUGUAUAUUGCCGAGAGCUGUGUUAAAUAAUUUAAUGUUCUUUUUGUGCCAACACAGCUAAACGUACAUGAACUCCCAUAACCCUCAGCCGUACUAUAUGCGCGAUUCAGUUCUAGGCCGGAGAAUACUUAUUAGGUCUUAGAAACCUGCGUUUAGUGAGCUUUGCUGUAAACCUGAAUCUCACUGUCUGUGCUUUGUGUAUAAUACAUGCGGACACAUUCCUCUUUGCUGUGGCAUGUAAAUCUGUCCUGCUCUAAGUACUUAAAUGAUGAUUAAUUGUAUUUAUUUCGGUGUGGGUAUAUUCAAAUAAAUGUUCUUUAAUAUAAUGUAAA